AUGAACUGUGGAACUCGUUUUCCUGCUCUAAUCGAGGAGCUAGUUGGAGCUGCAACCUCAGCGGACCGGACUGAACCACACACGAAACAGGCCUUCAAUCAACUUCUCGACGAUAUCUCGACAACUCAAACCCUAGACAAAGCUAAGAUUGUGAUGUUGAACAGAGGUAAUAUCGCCGCCGGCAGCAAGCGAUUCAUGGAGCGAGUGACCGAGAUUCGACGAAGGAAUACUCUGAGUCUCCUCAAGGAAGAACUACAGCUUGCUCUGACGAAAGUGAGCGAGUGCGAGGCAGCGAUCGAAACGGCAUGCGGGGCGCCUAACGAUCGACGUAAGAGACGUGCACAACAGGUGGUCGACGAGCAAUUGGGUCAAGUGGAAGCGGUAAGGAAGCGCUUGAAGGCGGACGCGGCGAAGGUCGAAGACGAAGACGAAGACGAAGAUGACUCUGAUUUGGACGAACGACAGGAGUCGCAGGAACUCGGCCCUAUCGCGCUUUGA